AUGGACGUGAUGUCGACGCUUUCGGACCUCAUCACCUCACUCCUGCCGGCCGACACGGCGGCGCUGGUGCACCACCACGUGCUGCGCGCCGACGCGCCGCUGCAGGUGUACUUUGCGGCGGCGCGGGCCUCGGUGACGCGCAGCGCCGGGGCGGUGACGCCGUACGUGGCGCCGCUCGUGGAGCGGCUGCUCGCGUGGACGCACGACUCGGCGCUCGGGGGCCUGCUGGUGCCGCUGACGAUUCUCGUGGCGGCCGUGGUGGUGAUGAACUGGAUCCGGCGGGUGCUGCUGUGGUGGACGCGCCUGGCGCUGCGCGCGGUGCUGUGGGCGACGCUGGCCGCGCUGGCCGCCUGGGUCUGGCAGCGCGGCCUGCAGGCCAGCGUCCGCGACGUCGUCGUCGUCGCCGGCAAGGUCGCCGGCUACGCCGCCGUCGUCAGGGAGAUUUGGUGGAGGGAGUACAGGAGGUACGAGGACCAGCAGAACGCCGGCGGCAGGCGGGCGGCGACGGCGGCGGGCGGCGCCCAUCGGUGA